CGUGAUUGAAUCUUCUGGAACGGAUCUGAUCAGAAAUUGUUAUACCGGUGUGCAAGUGACUGGAUCUCAUUGACUGUUAUUGUCCUAGGCAGGACUCCAGCCUAUUAAUGCCCUUCGAGUGACUGGCAAGGUAAGGGUCGCGAAUAGAGGCUAUUUCGAGAUGAAAACAUGCAAUGAUCACAAAUGAUCACCUCAAUUCAGGCUAUGAACAUGAUCGACAAAAUCAAGAAAAUAAUGUGCCCUCAAAACCCCACAAACCCCGGGCCCCCUCACCACCACCCUCAACGGGAGCUUACCAUGCGCCCAUCAAAGUUCCCCCGUCACCUCUUCCUUUUGUUUGCUUGGCUCAUGUCCCUAGUAUGCGUCAACUAGGUGCGCCAAUGAGUUGGGCAGAAGCAAUGUCUGGAGUUCUUGCCGAUGCUGAACCGUCCAUUUCCUCACGACCGUACCACUCUCAGACCCAUUCGAGUGGACUCCUGCCUACUCAACAGCAGCUUCGCAAAAGGCGAGAUGCACCUGCAUGCGUUCGAACGCGUGCACUCAGCGGAGACACCGUAACGAACCCUUCCAUAUCGGCAAUUCCGAACAAUAGCCUAAAGCAGUCACCGCUCGGACAGUUGCGCGGAACAACUGUGGUUGAGGACAGUGAAAAAGACGACCCAUUGUUGGCGACAGGACCGCCUCUAUCACCUCGGGGAACACCUGGGUCUCGGAGUGCGACGGACCUCGACCAUUCCUAAGGAAGCGGCGCUACGUCGCAGAAGAUCGACCUUCAAUCUCUCUCUGCAAAACCCUUAUCUGAUCUGAGUAGGGACCAGAAACGAUGCAGGAAAUUCAGGAUGAGGAGUGAGUUAAUCCGGUUGCAGAUAGCAAGG